GAUACUGUAAAUUGAGGAGUAGAGCUGGAUCCAUGCUGGUUUUGUGUAUUAUCUCGAAUUAUUUUUGAAUUGUUUUAGUCAUUGCAUGGCAGGACGACGGAGAAUACAAACGUUACAUAUCAGUUAAGAACUUAAGUUACAAGAAUGAGUAACUUUAAGGGUGUGAACUACGACAGCCCUUGUGAUACUGAUGACGAUUGGACAGAUUCAUCUGACGAUUCGAAAUAUUCUGAUUCCGCAAGUUCUGUACCAGAAUGGGACUCUGAUGUUGAAGAGAAUGGUGAACUGGUAUUUAUAAGAAUUAAAAGAAGAAAAGAAAAAUGUAAUGAAAAUAAACCACCAUUGUUAGAGAACUGUGAAACAUUUAAACUGAGAAAUAAUUUUAAAAGAACCUCAACUAGGCGAUCGACAAAAGGUAAAAUCUUUAAAGUAUUAAAGGGACAAAGCUCAAAAAAUAAAGCACAAAGCAAGAAGAAAGACUUAGAGAAUAUUAGAGCCACAAGUACUGCUACUUUAAACACAAAUGAACUGACAGAAAAUUCUAAAGAAUCUGUAAUAAUUCAGGUAAGCAGGAAUAUGAUUUUCAGCAGUGAAAAGAAUUGUCAAAUAGAAAAGUUGUUUGGUAUUAGUUUGGAAACCCAUUCUGAUGGAAAAUCUUUGAUUGUUGCUGAUUUUUUAACAGAAGCAAUGCCUAUUUAUGGAUCUAAAGUGAAAAAAGGUUACUACUUUACAAAAGUCAAUGGCAUUGAAGUAAAUUCUUAUAAUAUAAAUAACAUCCUCCAAAGAGUUUAUGAGGAACCCAAUAAUCCAAAACUACAGUUUCAAAUGCCUGAGGAGAGCUCUUUAAUAUCAUUAGAACGACUUCUGAAAUCAAAGAAUUUACCAGAAAAUAAGUCAACACAAUUAUUAAAAGAUUUCUCAUGUUCUGUAUUAUACAUUUCCUGCAAUGAUAUAGAAAACACUAGAAAUGAUGAUAAAGGAGUAAUAUACUGUUAUCCAAGGCCUUUCAGUCAAAAUUUUCUGUACAACACAAGAGGUGCUUACCUAACAUUAAACCAUUUAGCACCAAAGUCAUUGGGAACUAGUGAGCCAACAUGUUCAACAGUUCUUCACAAUGACAACUUAAUUCAUGUGAAUUACACAUCCCAUUGUAACGAUUUGCUACUAAUAACAUUUCCAAAUAAAUACAUAGAUGCAUUUUCAUCCAAAAAAGUAAAUGCAGACAUAGUGAAACUAUUGGAAUUUUUGUAUGGAUCAUUGAAAACUUGCUUCACAAAACCUAACAAUGUUGACAGACUGGAUAGUUUAUUCUGUAGAAUUUUUGUUACUUUGCUAUUCAAUAAUGAGCAAGCAAGUGCUUCUGAUGUUCACUUUGAAGAUAUCUUAGCUGCAUAUUCUGUGACCUUGCCAUUAGAAGUAAGAGUGCAAGUUGAUGACGCCAUUACAGAAUUGGAAGCUGCUGAUUAUAGAGAAUGGACAGAUGAUUUUGAAAACUUUCAACGUCUCUACACAGUAAUAGGGUCAUGCCUGUAUUACUCUGGUCAUUUGUUAAGUUCUCAUUUACAAGAUGAAGACUUGAAAGAAAUAAAUGCUUUUUUAAAACUUAACGGAGUAUUGGCAUUAAGUACUGAUAAUGAACUGGAAAAACUUGUUAUGUGGAAGGAAGUUUUUAUUCACGAACAUAGAAAGCAAAGCAAAAAUGAUGGGCAGGACUACAGGAUACCCGAUGGGCGUUGGUUCUUACUCAUAGUUGGCAAGGGGCAUUUCAUUUUAGCUACAUUAAUGGAAGCCGGUGGAUGUACCGAAGACGCUGUUGGUGUUACACCCCCUUCGCCGUUUUACGUAGAAGAAUGCGAGAGCUGCCUCGAACUUUUCUAUGAAGUAAGUCUGGAUAAAUAUCUCGCUUCAUGGUUGUCAUCAAAUACACACCCACAGAUCGAAACAACUCCAGAACGUCUCACUAAAUACGGGAAGAAAAUGAAGGAAAUGAACUCCUUUAGAGCAGACACGCUAAGACCAACACUGAGAACAUCAAAAUCAUCAGCAGAUCUAAAGAAACGCCACAGUUCCUCUGAACAAAUAUACAUGGGGUCCAGUUUGAGUGAUAAUUCUAAUUACGGAAGCCAUCACAACCUUUACAGUCAAUGGUAUCAUGGCACGCAGAAGUACAGACACUCUAGUUUAGAUGUCAGCCAUUCAGAGGACUCGAACAGCCUCAAGAGUAACAGUGAAAUCAGCGACGAUAGAGUCCAAGGUAGAAGAGCGGAUAGAGAACAAAGAAACCGUAGAGAUUCUUCGGGAUCCGAUUCCGAUUGGGACAGACAGGAUGGUAGCAGAGCCAGCGGCAGCAUCGACAUGACCGACAUCAGAAAGUCUUUACUGAACGAAAUUAAUCGGGUAACUGUUCACCGUAUCACAACGGGCGAAGAAAACGUUUUGUUUCACUUCAUACAACUCGAAGCAGAGAAAGGAAUGUUCAUAGCUCCCGUGCGGAACAUCGAGGAGCAGGCCAAUAACGUUUUGUAUUCGUUUAUCAUACGAACAUUUCGGAGCGCGUGUAAAAAAAUACACGAAUUACUUCAGCAAAGUAUUAGGUUCAAAAGGAACCACGCUCCGGUGAAUCCAUUAAACAAAAUUCUGGUUGCAGUUAAAGAAUAUGGAAUGCUAUUUCAAGUUCCACAGGAUGUAUUGAAUCAAUGCACUUCCAGUAGGAAAACCAAUGAAAUAUUUAAAUUUUGGGUUGUAGGACGUAUCUUCAGUGAACCUGAACCGAGAGAGUUGUAUAUCUGCUACCACGAAUCAAUACCACAAGACCUGACUGAAGUUGGAUAUAUGUUAUCUUAUUUGGAAUGAAAUUUGUCUAGAAUAACGAAAUAAUCAUAUUAGUGAUGAAAUGAAUCCGUCCUCCUUUUUUACUAAUAAAGUUAAUG